UCCUAGUCGGCAUAAAAGAUAGGAUAGCAAAUAUCAUAAACCACAUAGAAACCAUAAAUCCAUGAGAAGGGCCCCAUUCUGAUAUCCUUUCCAUUUUGGCAGUCUCCGGUCUCCACAUUUGAAGUAGACUGUAGACAGCUUCUCAAAUUUUCGUAGACACAGAAAGAUAAUGGCUGUGUCUUUCCUCUCAACCGUUCCUAACCUGCUUCCAAUUGUCCCCGCCAGUGCUUCUGUUACCUCUGCCCCAAGAUAUCCUACUCUUGCUGCUACAGUUCGUUGCAGUAAAAUUGAAGCUGAUGCUGAUAAUGAGGACAGGUUUAAGCGGAGGAGCAUUCUCACAUGCUUUGGUGCCACUGUUGGCUUGGAAUUAGUGAGAAGCUCAGGAACAUUUGGUGAAAUGGCUGAGGCUGCUGAUUUGAUACAACGCAGGCAGCGGUCUGAUUUUCAAACAAGUAUCAAGGAUACAUUAUACAAGGCUAUAAAGGAAAAUCCAGAUGUUAUCCCAUCCUUACUCACUUUGGCAUUGAAUGAUAUUAUGACUUAUGAUAAGGCUUCGAAAUCUGGGGGUCCAAAUGGAUCUAUCCGAUUCAGCUCAGAGAUCAGCAGACCUGAAAAUAAGGGACUUGUUGGUGCUUUGAAUUUAGUGGAGGAAGCAAAGAAGGAAAUUGAUUUGAAUUCCAAAGGAGGGCCCAUCUCCUAUUCUGAUUUGAUCCAAUAUGCAGCACAAAGUGCCAUUAAGCAAACCUUUCUAGCUGCUGCAAUUCGCAAAUGCGGAGGAAACGUUGAGAAGGGCAGUUUGUUAUACACUGCAUAUGGUUCAAAUGGUCAGUGGGGCUUAUUUGAGAGGAAUUUUGGAAGGACAGAUACCCAAGAGCCAGAUCCAGAGGGAAGGGUUCCCCAGUGGGACAAAGCAAGUGUUCAAGAAAUGAAAGACAAGUUUUCUGCCGUUGGCUUUGGCCCCCGCCAGCUAGCUGUUAUGUCUGCAUUCUUGGGUCCUGAUCAGAUAGCCACAGAAACUUUAUUAGCCACUGAUCCAGAAGUUCUGCCGUGGGUUCAGAAGUAUCAGCGCAGCCGAGAAACAGUGUCAGAAACAGACUAUGAGGUUGAUUUGAUAACUACGCUCACUAAGUUAAGUGGUUUGGGCCAACAAAUCAACUACGAGGCGUAUACCUAUCCAGUCAAAAAGGUUGAUUUUAGCAAACUCAAACUAUAA